AGAAGCUGUAGCAUGGCCGAUCCACUCGCCAUACAGGCCUCACGGAAAACUCUCAUUGAGGGCAAAGCUGAGGCACGCGCCAAGGCGGCGCAGGUCAUCACCGCCCGCACCUCGCAGCUGUUCAAGGACGUCCCCACCGCCGAGGCGGUCGAGCUCCUCGUGCGCGAUGUUCGCAACGUCGACGAUCACCUGCUGCGCAACACCGCCGCGGUGUACCGCCGGGGUGGUCUGCUCUGUCUGCGGGCCAUCUGUGCUGGCAUACCACCGCACCCGUUGGACAAAAGCCUCGUGGCGAACUUGGUGGACCCGGUGCUGCGCAGCAUGGCGGACGCUGAUCCAAUUGUGCGUAUUGCCGCCGUGGAGGCGUGCUACGACCUGGUGCGUCAGCACGGCACCGAGGCGCUGGCGAUUCGCUUUACCGACCUCUUCACUGCCCUCUCCAUUACCGUCGGCGAUCGCGACAAGCGGGUCUUCUUCCUAGCCGAGGAGGUAUCGUGUGCGCUGAAGGAGGCGGUCAGCCGCAGCGGCGCGGCAGCCAUCGACAUGCCCGUCUUCACCGCCUUCGUGUCCAACACGCUGGGCAACUUCACCUCCUCCUCCGGCAUUUUAAUGUCGGAUGCGACCUCCGCGGUGCCACAGUGGAUUCUCAACUGGCUGCGGUUUGUGAUGGAGCUGCCCGGCUGCCACUUCUCGGCUUCCAUGUCGGCCCUCCUUCGUGUACUUCUCGCCGCCUCCGUCCACGACAACGCGAACGUGUUUGAUGUGUUGCGGGGAUGCCGACGGGAUGUGCUGCGUCACUUUGCUGGUGAGCGCAGCGCGGAUGUGUGUGAGGUGAUGAACACGCUGUUCAGCAGCAUCAACGGCACGUCCUCCGCCCGCACGCGCGUGUUCUGUCUGGAGUGGAUUGGGGAGAUGAUGCCGCUGAGCGUGCACGACGACGUCCUGCAGCGCUACCUGCCGCGGGCGCUGCAGGCGAUUGUACCGCAGCUCGCGUCCAAAGACGCCGCAACGCACGAGGCGGCGGUGACGGCGAACCAGGAGGUGCAGGACGCGCUAGUGUCCAUGGAGGCUGGCGUGACGGCGAGCGUCGCGGAGUCCCUGCUGCGGAGCGUGGGGGAGCUGCUGGGCAGCAGCGUCGGCGAUGAGGCGCAGUUGGGGGUGCUGGAGUGGCUGCUGGUGGUGCACCACCUCGCCCCGCAGUGCACCGAGAAGGCGCUGGACGGCGUGUUGGAGUGCGUCGUCGCGCUGAUCGAUGAGGCCGCCGACAACGUGGCGCAGCGGGCGAUCGAAGUGGCGUGUCUGCUCACCAGCGACGACCGCUUCUCGCAUGUCGUGCGGCUCGUCCUUCAGCGGUUGCUGUCGCACGCCCAAAACGGGUUGUUGCUGUCGCGAUUCCCCACCGUCGUUCGCAAGUUGCACGCGUUCUUCCGCACUCGGCUGGACGCCGACGCGGCGCCAGUUUGUGUGCUCGUCCACUUUGCAGAGGAGCUGGCGGGCGUGGAGGAUCUGCGGCUGGUGAGCAAAGUGGUGCUUUCCCUGCACGCUAUCCUCACUACCUUUCCCGAGUUCGACGACGUGCGGGCGCUGCUGCGUCGUGGGUCGGCAGACGCGGCGGCGUCAAAUUUGUCCGCGUCUCUCCAGCAGUGCUGGCGCUACAACGCAGUGGCGCUGCUCUCGCUGGGACUGAUGUGCCGCCACUACGCCUUGGCGCGGCGCAUCUGUGAAUAUCUCGGCGAGGGCGAGGUGUCCGUCGCGACGUACGUGCAGCUGGACCACCUUGUACAGCAGCUGGAGUCGCCCGCGUUUGCUUUCCUUCGGGUUUCCUUGUUGCGCCCCGCGGCGUGCCCCGCGCUGGUCCAGACGCUUCACGUACUGCUCCUCCUUCUGCCGCAGAGCUCUCCGCACUACGAGCUGUUGUCCCGGCGGCUGCAGCCCACCGCGGCGUUGCUGCGGUUGGAUGAACUCAGCGGUGACACCACUGCCGCUACAGUGUCCCCUGCGCCGCCGGAGUUGAGCGCGGCAGAGUGGACCAGCUUUGUUGCGGCACAGGAACGUUUGCUCGAGUACGAGCAGUCCGCACUGUAA